AAUGGGGGGGAAAGUGUUUUUUGUAAGAACGUGCCGCAUAGGGAUUAUAACGACUCUUCUGUUUUAACCGAACAUCCUUAAAAGCCUCACCACGCAGUCGACCUCUUACACGUGACUCAUUGCGUCCAAUAGAAAUUGAGCUUCAGUAUUUCCAACCAGUCAGCAAGCAAGAACCCCUGUGAGAAGUCUGAUUGGCCAUAACGCGGCACAACACGGAAGACGGAAAACGAUCACGCUGGAAACUUGAAAAUAUAAAUAUUUUGAAACGUCUCCUGUCUAUUCUCAAGAUACCUUGUGGGCAAAAUGCAAACCGUAAACGUUACUUUUUGCAGUCUCACAUGAAUUAACUCAUGCUUAAGCAAGAUGUCAGCGUCUUCAAAAUGCUCCACUCAAGAUCACUUGAAGAUGGAGACAGCAGCGUUAGUGGCCCCGGUCACAGCUCUGGAAUUCUUCCAGGACACGUUUCUACUCACAGGUGAGGGUCCAGUGUUGACGGUGUACAAUCUACUGCCUGAACCUAAAGCAUGUACCUCAGCACCGGUGCUUCAACAGCACCGCAUCCACGGGAUAAGACCAAGACUCUUGUCGACUGCUUCACAGCAGAAUUCGUUCACAGAAUGUUGCGGAGAAACUAAAGACCUGAGCGCCACACUUCAACCCAACUCCUAUGAUCUAGCUGUGUUUGGAGGAAAGGCAGUCAGGCUUGUGAAACUACAUUUGGAUGUCUCUGCUGUGGAGCCUGUGCACUUGGAGAUACUGAGCCCCCUUGUAGAGCUCCAGGACUGGGCUCUUGAUAUCCGCUGGCUAUGUGAAGAUGAGCAGUCUCUCCUGUGUGUGGCUGUUGCCCAUAACGGUGCCCUUCUCCUAGACAUCAGCUCAGGGAAUGCCUUAGUUCAACGCUCGUGUCUGGAAGGGUGUCUACUGUACUCUGCCCUCCUUGUGGUGCACAAAUCUUGGGCAGAUACUGUUCUGAUAGGAGGGACCGUUUUCAACCAGCUGGUUCUCUGGAAGCCUGGAGGAGGAGAGAGUAAUAAAAAAGCUCCGGUGGAAAGGCGUUUGCUGGGACACACCGGUGUUAUCUUCAGCAUCUCUUACCUCCUGGAGAAAGGAUUGCUGGCAUCAGCUUCCGAUGACCGCAGUGUCAGGGUGUGGGCUGUUGGUGCUUUAGGGGGCUCUGGAGGGAACUGUGGUGACUUGAAGCCAACAUGCUUAAGGGUGCUUUUUGGACACCAAGCAAGGGUCUUCUCAGUGUUCCUCUCCCCAAGCAGAGUGUUUAGCGCUGGGGAAGAUGGAACAUGCUUAAUUUGGGACUGGGCUGGAGUUGGGACAGUGCUUCGCGCUUUGAAGGGACAUCGAGCAGGUGGUAUUCGAGCGCUGGCGGUCGGUGCGAGAAGAGAAGACACAGGCAGAUGGGUGGCAACCGGGGGAGCGGACGGAGGGGUGAGGUUGUGGAAGGUUGAAGACAAUGAAGAGGAAGACACUGCGACAAAGACAAUAACAGACUUGGAGUUCUCUGGUCAAGGCAUGCCUAAAGUAGUUUGUGUCACAGAAGGCGAAGCUCACACUGAAAAUUGGAACCAGUGUAGGAUUGUGGUUUGUACUGACCAAGGAUUUGUUUACCAGUACGGUGCCGGGCGCUGGGAGUUGUUAUGGCAAGGUUCUCCUGAGUUUCAGUCCUACUGUGUAAUGGAAACUGUGGGCUUUAGAGUGAAAGACUCAACAAGCAGAGCUAAUUUAUGUGCUGUUGGGAGCCUGAGCGGAGUAUUAGAGGUCUUUCUCAUCUCUCAUCCUCACAAUAGCAUUGUCCUCCAAGCUGGAUCAGGAAAGAUUCACAGUCUUACUUGGCAGCAAUGUGAUCCAAAUGUGUAUUUGCUAGCGUCAGGUGCUGAAGGACGAGUCCAUCGCUGGUGUAUUGGUGUGAGCUUCAAUGAGACAGGUACUCCCUCUCUCUGGGUAAAAUGCUGCCCUGCAUUUGCCCUGCCUCCUUGUGCCAAACGUUGGCUGACGGCUGCCGUGCGCCUCCCUUACAAGUCAAAGCGGGCUCUGUGGGUGUGUGGAGACAGAAGAGGGUCCCUGCUUUUGUUUCAGGAAGACCAGGAGCAGGUGUGUGAGAAAGAGACAACUCAAAGAAGUCAUGAAAGGGAUGGAACACUGAUAGAGACAGAGAGGGGAGAGGAACACAAAGGCCAGCCGUUGUCUCCACUAAGCUGCUUGUUUGGUGUCCAUGGAAAACAAGGUGUCACAUCAGUCUGUGAAUAUCAGGGACUUCUCUACAGUACUGGGAGGGAUGGCUGUGUGCGGAUUUCCAGAGUGCAUUACGUACACAAAGAACAAGAUGAGCGAAGUGGUAAGGUCCUUCAGCUGGAAGUUCUGAGAGUCCAGCGGGCUUGCAAAGGUAUGGAGUGGCUGGAAAGGGCUUUGAUCAUGGCACCUCACAACUCUGCGGAGAAUGGAGUUCGAAAUGAAUUUGAAAGGCUAAAUGUGAUCGAGGAGGACCAAGAAGAAGGGUUAAAGCUAGAAAACAAGGGAACAGAAGCCCGCUUUGUCAUUUUUGGCUUUCAUGCCACCCAGUUUGUAGUUUGGGAUCCGGUAAAGCAGGAGAGGCUCUUAACGGUGCCUUGUGGCGGUGGCCAUCGCUCUUGGAGUUUCUGGCCGAUCCACAGUGGAGUUUGGUCUGGAUACGGGGCUCUGGUUUUCAUCAAGCAGGGGUCCGUCCUGGCUUCCGAGCCCCCCGUAGGCUCAUCAAGUUGGUCGGGCAGGGCAGCGUGGAAUGAGGGAUGGAGCCUGAGGGAGGGCAUACAUGGGAGGGGGAUCGGGUGUGUUUGCCGGUUGGGGAGCAUUUGGGUUCAGAAAGACUGUACAGCAGACAGAGCAGGAAGAUUGAAGUCGGAUGGGGUUCAAGUUGAGGAGCAGUGGGAAAUGAUAGUGACCGGUGGAGAAGACACAAGCUUAACAGUUUUGGCCAUACACCCCAAUUCUGGUAGCGUUACAGUCCUGUCCGUUAUUACUGACCACAUCUCAAGCGUACGCGCCAUGGUGGCGCUUCCUCAUCAAGACAGACAGAGAUUUUCUACCCAUGCCCAGACCCUCUCCGCGCUUUUGAUAUCAGCCAGCGGGCGAGCUCAAUUACAGUGUUACCGGUUGUGCCUCGGCUGGAACAAGGAGAGUCUGGCUCCCUUCUGCCAGGUGGUGCAGGUGGCCAGUCACCGAUUGGAUGAACACUGGGAGAGGAAGAGGAACAGACACAAGAUGGUGAAAAUGGACCCGGAAACGAGAUACAUGUCCAUGGUGGUGGUUGACCACAACUCAGAUGCUGUUCUUGUGGCUCUUGCCUGCAGUGACGGUGCAGUCAGAUUGUUCUCCGUCAGUGAAGUGAAACACCAAAUCGAUUUGGCGUGGGAGAGGUUUUACCACCAGCGGUGUGUGCUCAGCGUUGCUACCUGUAGCCUACAGGAUGUAAAAGGCAACAGGUACAUAUUGCUAUUCAGUGCUGCGACUGAUGGCAAGAUUGCAGUGUGGGAUGUGACCCAAGAAACCUACAGCACGCUGAGUGGUUCUCCAACUGCGUUAAUCCCCUGCCUCACCUUAACCGCCCACCAGAGUGGCGUUAACUCACUGGCUGUUUGGGUACAGACACAAGGGCACCAAAAUGGUGGCUGCCUGUUAACCAUUGCGAGCGGCGGGGAUGACGGGAUGCUGAUGAUGUCCACCAUUAGUGUGGACUACCUGGACAAUCAUGGCACGACUCUGGGCUUUACACAGGACCAGCCACAAACCCAUCUUGGUCUACAUCUUCUCUCCCAAUUAAGUAUCCCUUUGGCCCAUGCAGCCCCUCUAACUGCCCUUAAGCUCCUUAGACCAGGCCUGAUAGUCAGCACCUCUUGCGAUCAGAGAGUCUGCCUGUGGGAGCUCUGCAGUACUUCCAUCAACCACAAAAUGGUGCUGUGCUCCCAUGUUGCUGAUGCUGCAGGACUUGCAGUGUGGGAGGACCAGGUAAUGGUGGCGGCGGAAAAUGGAAAGAGGACGGCCGAAUCUGAGGCUGAUGAGGUUUGUGGAAGGACAGAAGGUCAGACGCAUUUAGAACGAACAAAAGGUAACGCCGAGGGGCUGGGUCAUAAGGACCAGGAAGAUGGUGGGUCAUGGGAUAAGAUAGAUGACUUAAUUAUGAAGAUGGAUGCAGAAACAGAGUUUGGCAAGAAUAUACAUACUAACAACCAAAAUGUAGAUGAGACAAUCACAGGAAUUGCUUUGAGAUCUUGUGACGAAAGGGAAGGGACAGAAAUUACGGGAUGGGUGUUGGUCUGUGGUCAAGGCUUCCAGCUUCUGCAAAUUCAAAACAAAGACACUUAUAAAGAUGUACAGCUGCAUGAAAGGAGGAGAAGCGAGAAGGACAAGAGUGCACAGUAGCUUUACACGGAAAAUUAACAUAAGGCCACCAAGAAGUGGUUGUUUUUGAUUGCACAUCCCGCAAUCAUUAAAAGCAUUGAUUGUAUGUUAUGAUUACACACUUUUAAAAAUAAAGCUAUUUUUGUUUUGUU